UCACCAGCACAACUACUAGUGAUGAAGGACUUAACUACCCGUUUAAUGAACGCUUCAACUGAUCAGAAUGAAUGAACACAGUCAGAUAACACGAGCAGCUGCUGGCCGAGCCCAUCAUCUGUAAUUGUGUUCACAUGACAAACAGAAUCACACAGGAAACCAGAGAGAAGAAACUUCCUCUUUCAGACGCUGCUAAAGCAAAGGCAGGGCUGAAGAACGACAGAAGUGUGUCUGUCUGCUCAUCAUCAUCAUCAUCACAGACGCCGGUAUGAUCAGGUUUGUUUUGGUUCUGCUGUGUAUGUCGCUGGUCUGUUCUGAGAUCAGACGUCUGACUGAUCAGUGGAUGGCUUGGAAAUCUCAACACAACAAGACCUACAGAAACACAAGAGAGGAGCGUCACAGGAGAGGCGUUUGGGAGCAGAAUCUUCUGGAUAUUGUGAAACAUAAUGAGGAGAUGGCCGUCGGUCUGCACUCAUACACACUGGGACUGAACCAGCUCAGUGACAUGACUGCAGAUGAGGUUAAUCAGUUGAAUGGUUUACUGGAGGAAGAUUUUCCCGAUGUCAACAUAACAUUCACUCCAUCACACCAGCCCCCCCCACCGCGAGUCAACUGGACGGAGCACGGGAUGGUCAGUCCUGUCCAGAACCAGGGCCCGUGUGGCUCGUGCUGGGCGUUCAGUGCCGUCGGUGCUCUGGAGGGUCAGAUGAAGAGGAGAACCGGUUCUCUGGUCCCUUUGAGUCCGCAGAACCUGCUGGACUGCAGUGUGAGUCUGGGGAACCGCGGCUGCAGAGGCGGAUAUCUGAGCCGAGCUUUUCUCUACAUCAUCCAGAACAACGGCAUUGACUCCAACAACUUCUACCCAUAUGAACACAAGCAGGGUGUGUGUCGAUACUCUGUGACGGGAAGAUCUGGAUAUUGCUCAGGUUUCAGGAUUCUUCCGCGUCACAAUGAGGUGGCGCUGCAGUACGCCGUUGCUAAUAUCGGACCUGUGUCUGUCGGUGUCAACGCCAAACUUGCUUCCUUCCACAGAUACAGAGGCGGAAUCUACAGCGAUCUGAAGUGCAGCUCUGGACUGAUCAAUCAUGCGGUUCUAAUUGUGGGUUAUGGCUCAGAAAAAGGACAAGACUACUGGCUGGUGAAAAACAGCUGGGGAACAGCAUGGGGUGAAAACGGCUUCAUCCGCCUGGCAAGAAAUAAAAACAUGUGUGGAAUAUCCAGCUUCGCCAUUUACCCCACCAUCUCAUCCGACCGCAUCUGAUCUUCCUUCUGAGACACUGGAGCAGUAAAUAUCUUACUGAAUAUGCAUUGAUUUUCUUUAGUUUCCAUCACAGCCCAUACCCAUAACAAAACCAAAGAGCACACCUUUACAAUAACCAUUUGCAAUUGAUAUUAUUGAAAAUAAUGUUGAUAGUGCUUUAAUAUUUGUACUUUAGGGGGAGGAGCAUUCUCAUUCAAGAGAGCAUUUGAUUGGACAAAAAUGUCAAUACUGUGAUCAAUAUUUUUCCAAGCAUAUUAUUAAACAUCAAAAUUAGAGAUCCAUUGUAUUUAAUAAAUUAAAAUGCAACAUAUAAAAUAAAAUAAAGAUAAAUGUAAAAACUAUAUGACAAUUAUUAAAUCAUAAAAAUGUGUUACGUCUUUAUGUAAUUAGAGAUUCAGUGUUUUAUCCUGAAAAAUAAGUCUCACGUUUGAUUAAAAUGAUUAAAAUAAGCA